UUUUUUAUGCAUCUUGAUUUAACAUUCUGAGAUAUCUUCCCAGAAGAAGGAUGGGCAUAUUGAGCUCUAUAUUGGGUGUUUUUGCCUUCGGAAUUGGAACUUCUGUCGGGAUCGUCAUUGGGUAUUACAUGUUCAUCUACUUCCUUCCCACUGAUGUUAAGGAUCCUAAAAUUCGUCCUUUGGUUGAGGAAGACUCUAAAACUUUGCAGCGGAUGCUUCCAGAGAUUCCCUUGUGGGUCAAAAAUCCGGAUUUCGACCGUGUUGAUUGGCUUAACAAAUUUAUCGAGAACAUGUGGCCUUAUCUAGACACGGCAAUUUGUGCAACUGCCAAGAAUAUAGCAAAGCCUAUCAUUUCUGAGCAGAUUCCAAAAUACAAAAUUCGGUCGGUUGAAUUUGAAACGCUUACUUUAGGAACCCUACCACCAACGUUUCAAGGAAUGAAAGUCUAUGUCACUGAUGAGAAGGAACUUAUUAUGGAACCAUCCUUAAAGUGGGCAGGGAAUCCUAACAUCAUUAUCGCUGUUAAAGCUUUUGGAUUAAAAGCCACCGUUCAGGUUGUUGAUUUGCAAGUUUUUGCUGUUCCUCGAAUCACUCUGAAGCCUUUGCUCAGCGUUUUCCCUUGUUUUGCCAACAUAUAUGUCUCCCUAAUGGACAAGCCACACGUUGACUUUGGGCUUAAGUUACUGGGGGCAGAUGUUAUGGCCAUUCCUGGAUUAUAUAGGUUUGUCCAGGAGCUCAUAAAGGAUCAAGUUGCAAAUAUGUACCUAUGGCCUAAAGCCUUACAAGUGCCAAUAUUGGAUCCUACUCAAGCCAUGAAGAAACCUGUUGGAAUUCUUGAUGUGAAAGUUGUGAGGGCAAUGAAGCUUAAAAAGAAAGAUCUCCUGGGAAAAUCCGAUCCUUACGUGAAACUAAAAUUAACAGAAGAAAAGCUGACCUCAAAGAAGACUACUGUGAAACAAAGCAACCUGAACCCUGAGUGGAAUGAGGAAUUUAAUUUUGUUGUUAAAGAUCCAAACACUCAAGCGUUGGAGAUAAUUAUGUAUGACUGGGAGCAGGUUGGCAAACACGACAAGAUGGGCAUGAAUGUUGUUCCUCUGAAAGAUCUUACACCCGAUGAACCAAAAGUUUUGACUCUCGAUCUGCUGAAAAAUAUGGACCCGAACGAUCAACAAAACGAGAAGUCGCGUGGGCAGGUUGUCUUGGAAGCCUUGUACAAACCUUUCAAGGAGGACGAAAUACCAGAUGACAUUGACGAAUCAACUACGGUACAAAAAGCUCCAGAAGGAACACCUGCAAGUGGAGGUUUACUUGUAGUUAUUGUGCAUGAAGCUGAAGAUAUAGAAGGAAAGAACCACACAAACCCACAUGUGCAACUUUUAUUCAGAGGGGAGGAGAAAAAAACUAAGCGUAUAAAGAAAAGCAGAGAUCCAAGAUGGGAAGAGGAAUUUCAGUUUAUGGUGGAUGAACCACCCAUAAACGAUAAAAUUCACAUCGAAGUAUUCAGUACGUCGUCCAGGAUAGGGCUACUGCAUCCCAAGGAAUCUUUGGGUUAUGUUACUAUAAGCCUAGCUGAUGUUGUGAAUAACAGAAGAAUCAAUGAAAAAUAUCAUCUUAUCGACUCGAGGAACGGUCGGAUUCAAAUUGAGAUGCAGUGGAGAACUUCUUAGAUAUUCAGCUAUUUGGGUUUGGGAAAGUUUGUAAAGAAUUAGUAGUGUUUUCUGUUAAUAGCAACUACAGCUGUCGCAUUGUUUCUUUCUUCACUCCCCUUCUGUUUAUCAAGCUUCUCGACUCCUCUUUAAUAUGUUGUUAAUGUCAAUAACUAUCAAUUUCCUAGCAAA